CUCCCCGCCAUGGCCUUCACCUUCGCCGCCUUCUGCUACAUGCUGUCGCUGGUGCUCUGCGCCGCCCUCAUCUUCUUCGCCAUCUGGCAUAUAAUCGCCUUUGAUGAGUUACGGACAGACUUCAAAAGCCCAAUAGAUCAGUGCAACCCAGUCCACGCACGAGAGCGAUUGAGAAACAUUGAGCGUAUUUGUUUCCUCCUGCGAAAGCUGGUGUUGCCAGAGUACUCCAUCCACAGCCUUUUCUGCAUAAUGUUUUUGUGUGCUCAGGAGUGGCUCACACUGGGGUUAAAUGUUCCUCUGCUUUUUUAUCACUUCUGGAGGUAUUUUCAUUGCCCAGCAGAUAGUUCAGAACUAGCAUAUGAUCCACCUGCAGUCAUGAAUGCAGAUACCUUGAGUUACUGUCAAAAAGAGGCCUGGUGUAAGCUAGCUUUCUAUCUCCUUUCCUUCUUCUACUAUCUUUACUGCAUGAUCUACACUUUGGUGAGCUCUUAA